AUGCAGACCUGCGCUGUGAGCUUCCGAAGCUGGAGAAGCGGCUGCGCGCUACGGAGGGGGCGCGCUGGACAAGCGGCGCUACCAGCAGGAGGUGGAGCGGAUCCGCGAGGCCGUGCGGGCCCGGGGGGCGCGCCGGGGGCCCGGGGCACACAUCGCCAAGCCGGUGCGGCCGGGGCAGGUGCCAUCGCCCACGGGCUCAGCUACACCAACAGCCUGUUCCAGGGGUACCCCGGGGGGGGCCCCCUGCCCGGCCCCCACGGCCUCUUUGCCAGCGGCCCCCCCACGCUCUCCAGCAGCCCCCCGGACUCCUACCAGCAGCUCAACGUGGAUAACGGGAACGUGACAGACAUCAAUGACAACAGGAGUGACCUGUCCUGCGCCUGCGAGGCCGAGGAGGCGGCCAAGCUCUUCCCGCUGCGCCAGGAGACGGCAGCCAGUUAAUGCCCCCCCAGGCGCUGCCAGACCCGGCUCCGCUCGCAUGCCCAGGUGUCACCCGUGUCCUGUGCUCGUGCCACGCUCGCCCCGGGCGGGGGGGGGGUCGGGGGCUGCCCCACCUCCCCCAGGACCCCCCCGGCACCCCCCAGUCCCGGGGGUCGGGCCGCUGUGGGGGCGGUGCCGGGGGUCGCCCGAGCUGCCUUAACGCGGACCUGGAGAAUGUCGCCCCCCCCCCGGCCCGGCCCCACAAGUGGGGGGCAGCCACCCCCCCCCCCAAAUCCUGCACCCCCCCGGGUCCCUCCCCUCGCUUGGCACCUCGGCUGUGCCCCCCCCCCUCCCCCUCCCCCCACGGGACCGUCCGGGCCGUUCUGGCGGGGGGGGUCCCCGUGCCCCCCGCCCCCCCCCCAGCGCUGCAUGUCCCGCCCAGCGCGGCCGG